CAUGGAGGAAGUCUGGCCUGGAUUGCCGAAUGUCUUUCUCUUCGGCGAAUGGGGUGAUAAAAGGGAAGAUGCGUCUGGCCAAGCAGGGACGUCUGCUCCGAGAGAAACAUCACAAACUGGGCCAAUGGUAAGCACGAUGCGACCUAGGCCUGUGCUAAAGAGGAGUGCCCCGACUGUAGCCGUGCAGACUCGGAUGCGGCGACGAGACGAGCAGCUUCAGAAGGAAAGAGAGUCUGAAAAGGCAGUCGAAGAAGAGCCUAUCCUCGUUAGUGAGAACGAUGAGGAUAACGAGGAUGAGAAGUUGCGGGCUGAAGAGGAAGAACGGGCUCGUCGUCGUGCACUGGAAAGGGAGCCGGAGAAAGGGAAGGCUGAAGCAAGCGAGGAAGAGCCGCGAAAGAAGAAAAAUAUUUACUCGAUCCCCGUGGAGCACGGGGUCGGUAUCGAGCGACUCGUCGAUAAGAUUCUGGAAAGUCAGCGCGACUUGGUCACGCUGAAGGAAAUUUUGGCGGUAUCGCCGAAGAUUCGAGAAGAGUUUAAACAGCGGAUGACUCGUAAGAGAGUCAUGACUAUUGGACAGCAGGAGUACUCGGCACUUGUGGAUAAUGGAGCCGAGAUGAACAUCAUUCGUGAGCGUCAUGCCAUCGAAGCUGGGUUGAAGAUCAACCGAGAUGACUAUGGGUUUUUGGUAGGAGCUCGUGGAUCAACUCCAUUUUGCGGAACAACCAGUGGCGUUCUCGUCACGAUCGGAAAGGUCAAGGUCCGUUCGUAUUUCUACGUGUUACCUAGAGUAAAACACGAGGUGCUUCUGGGAAGGGCAUUCCUAUGUCGAUCGGAGAGCAUCAUCAUUAACAAGUAUGAUGGAACCAUGUUUGUAAUCCUUUGUGAUCCUGUCUGCGGUUAUUACGAAGUGGUCAAGUGUGCUAACACAGGACCUUAUUGCUCGCGGAACUGGUUGAACCCGGAAUCCUAUAGCUUCCCGGAGUCAGAAAAGUUGAGACGGGAGCCGAAUGCUUGUGAGUUCUCGCUGACUCUGCCUGAUAUUGGGCAGGCAAUCGAUUUUGUGUCGACACAUGCGGCGAUUGAUCCAAAUGUGGUGCAAGCCUUGACGGAAAUCAUCAUGGACACCGGAAGCAUAGGAACUAUGCGCCUCGUUUACUCCCCGUCGGAGGGGAAUAAGGGAGAAGAUCAGGAAUCGCCCUCCACCCGACAGGGUCCUUUUUUAGAGGACGCAGGCUUGACAACGGCGCAAAACGUAAAGGCGGAUCAGGCGGAAGAAUCAGUUCCGGUCGAUGCCUUUCUGAAGGAAGAAGAGGCGCGAUUGAGUAUUAACACUCUUGCCUACUUGACUGAUGCAGCCACACGGCAUGGGAAAUCGAUAUGGAAUGCUCUUGCCUUUCACGAGGUACGUCCAGAACUCGUGGUGGAGGAACCUUUCAUCGAAGAGGAUCCAUGGGGCGAGCAGACCGCAGAGGAAAUGAUGAGGCUGGCUUUGACUGGUGACAUCGACCUUAUGCUUGAUCCGCUAAUGAUUGAACAGGGCUAUACGCGGGCUGAUGACGCUUUCCAGAUCGUUGGAAGAAUAUCAUAUAUCAUGAAUUUGUUGGUUUACAAGGAUCGCCUGAGGUUAAUGAAUGCGGAGGAAGGAGGCGGUGAGGUCAAAGAAGCGUUUAAGGAAAAGGAGUACGAAGGGGAAUAUAAGAAAAUAGGUAUGUGGUUGAAUGGGGAAUGGAGCGAAAGUGAGGUUGAUCCGGUUGUGCGAGAGAAAAGCAAAGCAUUCGUUGUUCGUGGUUGUCAUCUCUUUAAGAAGGCUGCUGAUGGUGUCCCAAAGAGGGUGGUAUGCGGGAUCUCUCGACAAUUGGAUGUGAUUGCUGCCCUGCAUGAUGGGGUAGCCGGCGGACACAGAUCUGCGCGGGUAACUUUGAACAAGAUCCAAUGUCUUUAUUUUUUGAAAGGGAUGAGCAAGAUGGUGAUUGACUUUUGUAAAUCUUGUUUCCCUUGCCAGCAGAGGUCUAACAUCCGCUACCUCGAGCCCCUGAAUCCACGUUAUAUGGCAGAACUAGGUGCGGUGGUGUAUUUGGACAUUUUGGUAAUGCCACCUGGGAUAAAUGGAUACAGAUACAUAUUUGAUGCACGAGACAAUUUGACUGGUUCGUUGAUGGUCGUGCCAUUCGCGAACGUACUAGAUCAGUCUUGGCAGAGUGCAUUGAGGAAUAUUACCUCCGUUAUCCAUUUGUUCAAGAGAUUGUUAUGGAUCGAGGAGGCGAGUUUCGAGCAAACGAGGUGCAAACGCUUUUAAAGAGACUUGGGGUUGGAUAAAGCCAACGGUGGAUU